GAGCGCACUACUCAUUCCCCACCCGCCGUCGACUCCAGCCUAGCCGCGUCGUCCCCUCCCCCUUCCCAGCCCCCGCCCCCGCCCGCCAGAUCUCCUCCGCAGUCCCCACCGGAGCCCUCCCCCGCGCGCGCCGGCAGGCGGAAGCAAGCAGGCGACUGCGGCGAUGGCGUCGUCGCAGGCGAAUCUGGACAAGAUGCAGCUCCGCCAGAGCUACCGCAACCUCUGGCACACCGACCUCCCCAACGCCAUCCAGGCCGACUUCCCGUACUGCUGCCUGUCGCUCUGGUGUGGACCAUGCGUAUCAUACAUGCUUCGUAAAAGGGCUCUCUACAAUGACAUGUCAAGGUAUACGUGCUGUGCUGGCUAUAUGCCAUGUAGUGGCAAGUGUGGUGAAAGCAAAUGCCCAGAAUUCUGUCUUGCAACUGAGGUGUUUCUGUGCUUUGGUAAUUCAGUUGCUUCAACCCGCUUCUUGCUUCAAGACGAAUUCAACAUACAGACAACCAAGUGUGAUAACUGCAUCAUUGGUUUCAUGUUCUGCCUUCAACAAGUUGCUUGCAUCUUCUCAAUAGUUGCUGCUAUUGUUGGUAGUGAGGAGCUUUCAGAGGCUUCCCAGAUCCUUUCCUGCCUGUCUGAUAUGGUCUACUGCUCGGUUUGCGCCUGUAUGCAGACACAGCACAAGGUUGAAAUGGACAAGAGGGAUGGGAAGUUCGGGCCACAACCCAUGCAAGUGCCUCCAAUGCAGCAGAUGUCACGCAUCGAUCAGCCUGUCCCUGCACCCGCUGGCUAUGCACCACAACCAGCAUACGGCCAGCCUUAUGGUGCCUACCCACCUCCUCCAGCUCAGGGUUACCCACCGCCGCCAGCUCAAGGCUACCCACCGGCAGGUUACCCGCCAGCAGGUUACCCCCAGGCCCAGGGCAGUUCAUACCCUCCACCUGGUUCGUUUCCCCCACCUGGUUCCUACCCCCCUCCGCAGGGCUACUACGGAAAGUAAAGUACAUGCAGCGAUCGGAGUGGUAUUCGUUGGUGAGGCAACACAAGUAUGGUGAACAUGUAAACAGUAGGACUAUUGUAGUGAUAUAUAGGUGAUGUUAAGGUACUCGUCGAUAUUGGUCUGGGUGCUGAAUUGGGAACCGCAUUUGGGUCUCCUCUGGGUGGUGAACUGUAUGGAUUUCUUCUGGGUGGUCAUUGGUCAACUAUGAACUGCAUCGCAUUUGUAGUUCCUCUGGGUGUUAAAACUGUGAACUCUUCGCAUUCCGAGUAUGUUGUUCUCUGAAUAAAUAUGAGCGGUGGUGUGUUACUAA